AAGAGGAGCCUGGCUGGACCUGGUAUGCAUGGAGAGCAUUAUAAAAAGGCAGUGAGACGUCAGGAACUGUCUAUUCGUUUCGUCUCCAGACACAUUCUCUUCCAUUCUUUCUUCUCGCCUUUGAUCGAGCAGGUCUUUCAGUCACUGGCCACGGAUUUGAUAUCCUUUAGUUCUAUUGAAUCAUCCCAUCACAAUGGCUAUGUCCAAGAUCGCGUCGCUUACUGGCCUUCUGGCCUCCGCCUCUCUCGUCGCCGGCCACGGUUAUCUAUCUGGAAUCGUCAUUGAUGGCCAAUAUUAUGGCGGCUACCUUGUAGACAAGUACGCCUACAUGGAAGAUGCCCCAGACACCAUCGGCUGGUCCACCUCUGCCACCGACCUCGGAUUUGUGGACGGCACUGGAUACGCGUCCCCCGAUAUCAUCUGUCAUAAGGACGGAGCGCCAGGUGCUUUGACUGCGGAAGUUGCUGCUGGUGGCGAAAUUGAACUGCAGUGGACCGAGUGGCCUGAGAGCCACCACGGCCCUGUCCUCAACUACCUCGCCCCCUGCGGUGGCGACUGCUCCGCAGUGGACAAGACCACCCUGGAGUUCUUCAAGAUUGAGGCUCAGGGUCUCAUUGACGGCAGCAGCCCUCCGGGCCAGUGGGCUUCGGAUGACUUGAUCAGUAACAACAACAGCUGGACCGUGACCAUCCCAACAUCCAUCCAAGAGGGCAACUAUGUCCUCCGCCACGAGAUCAUCGGCCUUCACUCUGGCGGUCAGAAGGAUGGUGCUCAGAACUACCCCCAGUGCAUCAAUAUCAAGGUCACUGGCGGCGGAGACGCCACACCGGCCGGUACCGCCGGUGAGGCCCUUUACAAGGAUACUGACCCUGGUAUCCUGUUCGACAUCUACAGUGACCUCAGCGGCGGUUACCCCAUCCCUGGCCCUGAGGUCUUCAGCGCCUAAAUUGGAGGGUUGAAUACGAUGUCCGCGGGCAGUUUUCAUGAGUAGUAACACCUCGUGGGGAACUACGUAGAGGCGGUUCCGUCUCUACUACCUGGCGAUCUAUUAGCAGUGGUCAUACAUUCUGUC